AUAUUUUACAAGGGCAGUACGCAUGCAAUCGCAUCAUCUCUGAAAAUUCAAUUCCCACUUUCUGCGUCCUCUCCGAGGUUUUUAGGGUUUUUUGUUCUUCAAUCUCCCUCUAUACGUAAACGUUUUCGCACCGUAUCCAUAGGUUUCUUCAAUGUCUGCUCCGCCGCCGGCUUCGCAGUCCCUCUGUUGCUUCUCUCCCGCGACCCUUCCCACCUCCGCCGCGACCGAUUUGGAACCGAAGCUAGGAGGCGAAGUCAACCGAAGUUCUUCCCCGGUGCCAGCGAUAGCUAACCGAGGAGUCGGAUCACGGUCCACACGGCAGCAGCGCAUAUCCUUCUCCUCCCUCGCUCCAUCAUCGGCGAAGCCCGUCAUAGAAAGCCAGAAAGGAUUCGGAAACGCGACGGCGCGUGAAGAGAAGCCGCCACCGUCUCCGCAGAGAGGAGAAGUUCCGUUGGUCUGCGGGAAGGAGGAUGAAGAAGAAGAAGAGGAGGAGGAGGAGGAGGAGAAGAGGACGUGGAACUUACGGCCAAGGAGGAGCUGUGCCGGUUCAAAAAGGAGCAAUGGAAAGUUCUCGCCAGAACCACGCGGCGGAGCUUCAGACGUAAAACGUCAGAAAACUGUUGGACAGGAGCCAAAAUCUCAGAGACAGAGAGGACUUCCGGCAGAAUCGCCGGGAUUAGGCGGCGGAGAUGGCAGGAACGGGGAUCUGAGGCUAUGGGUUUCUCUUUCUCGAGACGAAAUCGAAGAAGACAUCUUCAGCAUGAGCGGCAACAGGCCGUCUCGCCGGCCGCGAAAGCGACCGAAAACCUUGCAGAAAUAUAUUGAUGUUGUGUACCCUGGAUUGUGCCUUGUGGGACUGAACGCUGAUUGCUUCAGAACAACCAAUUCUCAGGCUAAGGGUAGAUAGGCAUGCUAGUGACAUGGUCGAGAGAUACAAAACAGUAGAAGAUAGGAAAAAGAAUGAAUGUCUCUGACGUCUUCUGUCUCACCUUGAGGUAUAUGAAAUGCUUUUUUCUGGUUUCAGGUUUACGAAACAUAGUAUUACAAAAUUAGAAGUAAAUAAGGGUAAAAGGUUAUAUAUUAUAUGGUGUCUAGUUUCCUUUUCUGUUAGGCAAAAAAUUGUGUUGGAUGCUUAAACAAUUCAGUUCAAUGGUAUAAUCAGUUGUGUUCCUC